AGCCAUGUAGAACUGCUGUUGUAACAAGGUUCACAUAGUUACUGACACAGAACACAACUGAAGAAUGUUAUGGCCCAACCCCACAGAUGUAAGACUCUGGAUCUGGGUCAUGAACAUAAAAACAGUGAUGAAACCAGAAACACCAGAACCAAGAACGAACAAGCAGGCAGUCAGACAGAAGCUGCAGCCAUGAAAAGGUCGUUUUUUGAGAUUUGGACAAGCAGAAAGGAGAAACAAGACUAUGUGAAGAAAAGUAACCAGCUGAAACUUUCGCCUUCUCAGCUGGCGCGGUUACUCGGUGACAGAGGAGUACGAGAUGCUCUGGAGAACAGCAGGCUGGCACGUCUGCUGCCUCCUGCUGGCACCGAUGUGUUCAGACCCUUCACCCCUGCCUCACUGGAGAAGAUUGAGCAUCAACACAACAUCCAAAAGAAUAGGCAGAAGAACAAUGAGGCUGAGGAGGAACACCUCCUUGAACCAGCCCCUGAACUGGCGGCUGAGAAGACCCUUCCCUUCUUCUAUGGAGACCCGCCCCCUGAGCUCCUCAACACCCCAUUGGAGGAUCUGGAUCCCUACUACCAAUCAAAGAAGACAUUCAUCGUGCUGCGUAAAGGAAACAUCAUCUCCAGGUUUGACGCUGGGUCGGUCUGUCUCCAGCUCAGUCCUUUAAGCCUGUUGAGGAGGAUCGCCAUCAAGACGCUCAAUCACUCUUUUUUCCACAUGUUAAUCCUGGUGGCACUUCUGUUCAACUGUGUGUUAAUGGUGUUUGAAGAUCCUCCAGUGUGGACCUACACUGCAGAACAUGUGUUCGUGGGACUCUUCAUACUUGAAGCCUUGAUUAAAAUCAUGUCCAGAGGCUUCUGUGUGGGAAGCUUCACCUACAUCAGAGACCCCUGGAACUGGCUGGAUAUGAUCAUCAUCAUCAUGGGAUUGGCGAAUCUAGUGUUUCAUUUUGAUCUGCGUAUGUUUCCUACUGUGAGCGCUCCUCGAAUACUGAAGAUUAUCCCACUAGUCUGUGAUCUGAAGAAGACGAUUGGAACAGUCUUGCAGUUUCUGAAGAAGCUGACAGAUGUCUUCAUCCUUAUAUUGUUUUUUGUAACCAUCAUCGCAAUGACUGGCCUGCAAGCCUUCAUGGGAAGCCUGAGGAAUAAGUGUAUCAUAUCACUGCCACCGCGGAAUCUCAGUGACUACAUUGAAGAUGACGACCAAUCUUUUGACUUCAAAUCAUACAGAGAUAAUAAAGCAAACUACUACUACCUGCCAGGUCAACUGGAUCCCUUGCUUUGUGGAAAUAGAUCUACUGCUGGGAGAUGUCCUGAGGGUUACACCUGUAUGAGAGGAGGUGAAAACCCAAACUAUGGCUAUACCAACUUCGACAACUUGGGUUGGUCCUUGAUGUCUGCGGUUAGACUGCUGUCAAUGGACUUCUGGGAAAACCUCGCCAUGCUGGUGAUGCGUGCAUACGGUAAACCUACACUCCUCUUCUUCAUCAUCACCCUCUUCAUCUCCUUCGCCCUCAUCGCCCUUUUUCUAGCAACAGUUGCAAUGAUGUUCAUCAAGCAGGAUGAAGCAACCAUUGCUGAGGCCAAACAGAAGCAGGAAGACUUCAGCAAGAUACUGGGCGCGCUCAGAGAGGACAAGGACUCUCAGAGAGCAGAGGAAGAAGACAUUAAUAAAGACUCUAAAACAGACAAAAAAUGUGGACGUUCUGCAUGUUGCUCCGCCACCGCCCGCCUCCUCUGCAGGUGGAACUGCUGCAGCUGCUGGAAGAAGGUCAAACAGGGGCUGUACGUGUUUGUCAACGAUCCAUUCUUUGACCUUGCGAUCAUCAUCACCCUCAUCAUCAACUGCAUCUUCAUGGCUGUGAUUCACUACCCAAUGACAUAUGAGUUUGAAUCAACGCUGGCUAUUGGAGAACUGGUUUUCUUGGCCAUAUACACAGCUGAAAUGUUACUCAAAAUCAUAGCCAUGGAUCCGUACAAUUUCUUCCAGCAAAAGUGGAACAUCUUUGACAGCAUCGUCGUCUUAGUCUUAUGGCUGAACAUGGCACUUGACAGUCACGUGUUUUAUUUGCACGAAGUGCUCAGAAUGCUGCGAUUAGCCCGGUGGUGGGGGAGCUUCAGCAAGUGGUUAAGGAUGGUGAGGUCAGGAUUCAGGACUGUGUGGACCCUGGCUCUGGGCUUAGUGGUCUUCUUCUUUUCCCUGACCGGGAUGACGUUGUUCCAGGACGACUAUUCCAAGAAAGUCUGUCGCAUCGCUAUGGAUUGUGAGCUUCCUCGUUUUCACAUGGCUGACUUCUUCCACACAUUCAUGAUUGUAAACAGGGCCCUUUAUGGAGAAUGGGUGGAGACCCUAUGGGACUGCAUGGAGGUCUCUGGUGUUUUCAGCUGUCUGGUCUUCUUCGUUUUUCUCAAGAUCAUCGGGCACCUACUAGUUCUGAGUCUAUUCCUAUAUUUGUUGAUGAGCUGGUUCAGUAGCACUCUGGAAGCUCCUGAAGAAGAAAAGAUGCAGAUCCUGAAGAAACGGUUAAAUUGGGUAGUGGGUCCAUUAAUCCAGUGGUUGGCGGGAAAGAAGAACCAAGAGAAUUCAAAUCAACCUGCGGUCCAAAGUCAGAGGGACAAGAAGAAGAAGGAGUAUGUGGCCUUGACCUUUGUGCCCUCAGAUGAACCGGCAUCAGAACUCAAGGAUCCCACAGAACUCAAGGACCCCACCUUUAAGAAUGGAACUGAAAGCAGCACCCUCCCAAUUGCAGAGGCCGAGAAACUUGUGCAGAAGGUCAACGACAGUGAAGAUGAUCCUGGAAACACUCCUGAGAACUGCUGCAGUGACAAAUGUUACAGCUGCUGCCCAUUGCUGGAUAUAGACGCAUCCCAGGGAAUUGGGAGGGUCUGGUCUAUUUUCAGGAAAACCUGCUUCAUUAUCGUCCAGCACAGAUAUUUUGAGAACAUCCUCACCUUCGUCAUCAUACUGAGCAGUUUAUUUUUGGCGUUUGAGGACAUCCAUCUGGUGUCCAGGGAGACCCUUAAGGAAGUAGUGGACAACGCAGACAAGGUGUUCACUUAUCUGUUUGUACUGGAGGUGCUUCUGAAGUGGGUCGCCCAUGGAUUCAGGAAAUACUUCACAAAUGGCUGGUCCUGUUUUGACUUCAUUAUCACAAUUUUGUUGCUUGUAUCCACGUCGGCUGAAAUGGCAGGAGUUGAACCAUCUCUGAGGUACCUGAGAGCUCUGAGGCCUCUGAGGGUCCUGUCUCACAUCCAGGGCACAAAGCUGUCGGUUGGGGUCCUGCUCAGACUCGUUCCAGCCCUCAUCGAUGCUCUGCUGGUGUCUAUGGUGGUCUGGCUUAUGUUCAGCGUCAUGGGUGUGAACUUGUUUGCAGGAAAGUUCUUUUACUGUUUUAAUGAGACAUCAGAAGAGUACUUCCUCAACGAGGAUGUGAACAACAAGACCGAGUGUGUCGCACUGAUAGAGUCAAACUUCACUGAAGUUCGCUGGAAGAACCUGAUCAUUAACUUUGACAACGUGGUGAAUGCUUAUGUGGCGCUGUUGCAAGUGGCCACAUUUAAAGGCUACUUUGACAUCCUCUACGCAGCCACAGAUUCCAGAAUGGUGGAGUCUCAGCCAAAAUAUAAGGACAAUGUGUAUGUGUAUGUGUUCUUCGUCCUCUUCCACAUCUUCGGCUGCUUCUUCAUCUUCAACUUCCUCAUCAAAGCCUUGUUCGAUGCAUACAAACAGCAGAGAGAAAAGUUUGGAGGAAUAAGGUUUUUUUUGACUGAGAAACAGAGGAAAUUUUACAAUGCUGCAAAGAAACUGAGCUCACCAGAAACUCUGAAACAUCCUCCACGGCCUGAGAAUAAGUUCCGGGGUUGGAUGUAUUACCUUGUGACCAGACCGUGUUUUGAGGUCUUCAUGGUACUUGUGAUCUGUGUAAACAUUCUGUUGCUUCUGAUCGAUUCAUACCACAUGAGCUGGGAAACAGAAGAAAUCCUGCACUGGUUCCAUUUCAUCUGUGUUCUCAUCUUCACUGCUGAGUGUAUUCUGAAGAUCAUAGCUUUCCGUUGGCAGUACUUCUCCAGCGUCUUGAACGUCAUGGACUUUGUGGUGACCAUCACGUCCAUAGUAGGCAUAUUUAUUUGGGAGCUAAUGAUUUUCCAUACCAUGAUAUAUUUUCAUCCUGGUAACUUCGUUGUAUUCCGUUUGGGUCGUAUCGGCCGUAUCCUCCAUCGCAUCCCUGGAACCAAGAGGAUCCGGAUGCUUUUAACUGCCUUCAUGAUGUCCCUUCCUUCCAUCUUCAACAUCGGCCUCGUCCUCUUCAUCAUCAUGUAUACCUUCACUAGUUUUGCUACGUUCCACUUUGGAUACGUGAAGAGGGGAGCGUAUAUUGACGACAUGUAUAACUUUGAGACAUUUGGAAGCAGUAUAAUCAAUAUGUGUAUUGCUACCACAUGGGCAGGCUGGGACGGUAUGCUCCUUCCCCUGUUGGUUACUCCUCCCGACUGUGAUCCACUCAUGCAACACCCAGGAACCACCGUCACCGGGGACUGUGGUAAUCCAGGGCUGGCUGUGGCUUUCUUUGUUACCUACUUGGUCGUGUCCUCCUUUCUGUUGUUAAACAUCUUCAUUGUUGUCAUCAUGGAAGUCUUAAACAUGUUUGCAGAGACAAACAGGGAUCCUCUGAACAACAACAACCUGAAGAUGUUUUAUAAAACCUGGAAAAAGUUUGAUCCUGAUGCUACACAUUUUAUUGAUUACAGUAAGCUGUCAGAUUUCUGCAAUGCGCUGCAAGAGCCUCUGAGGAUCCCCAAACCAAACUCCAUCAAUCUGAUCCACAUGGAUCUGCCUCUGCAUCCUGGUGACAAGAUUCACUGUCGAGACGUCCUUUUUGCACUCAGUGCACAGGUUUUGGGAGAAUCAGCAGAGCUGGACACUCUCAAAGAUAGUGUAGAGGAAAAGUUCCAAAUGUUCAUGGCCAACAACCCAUGCAAGGAAUCAUGUGAACCAAUCAGCAGCACCCUGCACAGGAAACAGGAAGAGGUGGCAGCAUCCGUCAUCCAGAGAGCAUUUAGGAAACGCCUCCUGCAGCAGCUGGACGAAGAUGAAAAGCAAAACUGAAAAUCUCUUCUUUUUGUUGAUUUGUAGCUCAACAAAUGUUAGUCUUUCCACUCAUGCACAGUAGGUGGCAUUUCUGGAUAGAAUAUCUAAAAACAACUUGGGCCUUCAUGUGUGCUUACAUUAACUUCAACUUUUUAAAGACAAAUUUGCAUUUUAUUAAUUGUAAUGGUGUGAUUAAUUUGAUUCUUUUACAGUUGUAUUUUAUCCCCAUUGUUAACAAACCUACUUUUGACAUUUAAUUACAGCUUUUCACUAGAAAGAAAAUCACAUAACAUGAAUAUAAAACACUAAACAAUGAAAGUGAACUUGGAAGCCAUUCUAUUGACUUACCUCUGAGUGAAAUGCUGAGUGACUUAGUUCAGUCACAUUGUAUAUGUUUAGGGCUUUAUUGUGAGAGGUACUAAGAGAAGCAGUGGAUCUGUAUUGUGCUGCACAUGACGUUGGCAGAAAACGCGUACCGAGCAUUUAAAAACUUUUCAGUAUUCCAGUAUUCCACUUUUUUCUAACCUGAAACACAGCAUGUGAUAUUAACCUUUACAGACAAGCUAAUUCAUUUUAUUAAUGACACUAAUAUAAUCAUUAUCACGUUAUCAUGGUUGUGACAGACUAUGUGAACACUUUUAACAUUUAAUGGAUCCACACUCAUAUAUCUUUAAUGCUAGGAUUUGUCCAGGUCAAAUGUGUGUUCUUACUUUUGGUCAGGAGUAUAAAUGCAUAUAAAUCUGUGAUCUGUGCCCAUUCCAACAUUUAAAUAUUAAAACAGCUUGAGCAUGUGUGACACCAGCAAGGAAACUCCCUGUUUACUUAUCGUGCAGUUUGCAUUUGCAGUUUGUCUGUUUACAUUCAAGACAAACAUAGUAACCUUCCCAUCUAUUGUGAAUAGAAAAAAGUCCCUCUGUUUCAUUUCAAACACAAUCACUAUUUAGUGUAUUUUGUAAAUAUCUACUCUAAUUUACACACAAAACAUUUCCUGCACCCACGAUAAAUAACUGGAAAAUAUAACAAAUAUGAACUUUCUACUUUUUUAUUGAACUGUUUUUCUUUUUAUAUAUGUUUUUUACACAAUAAAACAUUUUGCAUUUG